CAUACGGGACGGUUGAAAAAUAUACCACGAGGCGUGAUUUGAACGUACCGACGACGGUGGAAAUUUCCCUUCUUCCGAAGCAAGCGAAGUAAGUGAAGCGGCGCCUAGCCUAGGGCAGUGGGUUGAAUCGAUAAAAGUUUUCCCCGUUUUUCCUCGCUUGAGCUUGUGUGUGUGCGAGCGGUUUGCAUCCUUUGUUGGUGGGGAAUUUCCCGAAGUAGCUGAAUUCUGCAAUGUGAAUGGAAAACAUCUGAUUCACAGUGUCGGUGGUCAGCAAAUGUCUCAAUCUCAAAUGCCUUUAGUUUGCCGACUAAGCGUCACCAGGGAAGACUUGUGAAUCGGCAUUUGCUGCAUUGCGGCUGGAGGAAAUAAUUCCGGUGGAUGUUGUUCAUUAGCAUCAGAAUUAACUAGUGCAGUGAAGAAUAUCGUUGUGAACAGUGGAGAUUUGCAAAGAGGUUAGCAGAAUGGGCGUCAACGAUAGUGAUAACGAUGAGAUUGUAUCGUCCACAUCGAAGAUGGACCUGCAGAUGCUGCAGAAAAUUUUCGUCAAGUUCGAGCCGGAUCUGAUUAUUGAUUCAUAUGAAGAGGCCCAAGGCUCCGGUCGCGGGGACAAUUACACCGCUGCCCUGUUCCGGAUCAAGCUGAAAGGCUACACCCGACCCAAUGAUGGAUCGAAGAAGCUUCGCUGGGAACGAACAGUAAUCUGCAAGCGACUUCCGGCUUGUAAAAUAAAACGUGAAGCAUUCAAAAGCGAUACCUUGUUCCGGAAUGAGGUUGUAUUCUAUAAUUCCAUUAUGCCGGAAUAUAUUGCUUUCCAAAAGCGCAAAACCAAAGACAGCAGUCUGAUGUUCUUGGCAUUCCCCCGGUGCUACUUGGCGCAGAAUGACCUGGUAAUGUUGGAGGAUUUGCAGGUUCGUCACUUUACCAUGCCGGACCGGGUUGCAGGACUCGGGACGGACCAUAUGAAGGCUUUACUGGUGGAGCUGUCCAAGUAUCACGCCGUCAGUUUGUCUUAUAAACUGCAGCAUCCGAAUGAGUUUAAAAAGUUGACUUUGAAAAUUUCGGAAGGGAUAUUUACCAAUGCAAACGCCGAUUGGUAUAAGCACUAUUACGAAAUUUUGACGAAUAAUGCCAUCCAGAUGGUGUCGCAGACUAUUCCCGGCAAGAAGGAGUAUUUGGAUAAGCUGAAGGAGUUUUUGGAAAACUGUUUCGAGAACAUGGUGGAGUUGGUUAGCCGGGAAAGUAAACUGUCGAUUAUUUGUCACGGAGAUUGCUGGACCAAUAACGUUCUUUUUAGAUACGACGAUAAAGGAUCGAUUACUGAGACAUGCUUCAUUGACUUCCAGAUGAUUCGUUACGGAUCGCUGGCACUGGAUUUAGCCUAUCUAAUCUAUUGCUUUACGGACGCCACCAUCCGGAAGGUCAACCUUCAGAGUUGGCUCGAAAUCUAUCACCAGCAGUUGGUGAAGUCACUCAAGGUGCUGGGAUCGCUGCAAGAUCUGUGCACCGAUGAAGCGGACCUGCUGCGGCAGAUACAGGACGAGUUCAAGAGCUAUGCCCAGUUUGGACUUGGCUCGGCUAUGGACAUGAUUCCGAUCAGUACCUGUUCGUCGGAGGAGGCUCCCGAUUUGUAUGUCAGUGGAUUGGAAACGGCCCCUACGCCACCGGAGUUGAAUGUCCCACCGAACGAACUGUGCCGGCGGAAGAUGACUGACAUCUUGCUGGAACUGGUCGAUGGUGGUAUCCUGUAAGCUUAGCGGUAGGUAACGGCAACGCAGUAUUCGAUGGUUUAAGAAGCAUAAUUUAUGUGGUAGACAUUGCAACAGGUAGUUCGUAAAUUGUUAAUGUGACAAGACAAUAAAACAGUUCCACAAGCAGG